AAAAUUUGAACGAGAUCUUUUUUCCGCAAUGAGUAUCUUUGAAAAUUAAGGAUGUUUGAAGGAUUAAGAACAGUAAAAAACUAGUAAGAUCAUAUUUACGCCUAUUAUGGAGCAAGUCCAUGAUCUCUCAGAGGCUCUACCUCUUCAAGCUCCUCUAACCUACCAUGCUGAAGUCCUGCAAGAUCCAUGCAGGUAAGUAUAGUCGAUGGUCGAAAUAAUAGUAAAAAAUUAAAUUAUUAUUAAAGAUCCAAGAUUCUCGUAAAUUUUAUAGACUGACGGCGGAUUACCUAGUUUGUAUUUCAAAAAGUGAACACUUAGGAUGCAAGAAUUCCCGAAAGACUUACAUUUAUAAGUUGAAGACAUUACAGCCGAGUGCAAAGUUUGACAUGCUUCAAGAAAAGACAGUGUUAAGUUAAACUCAACAUGUGUCUGUAUUUAUCUAUUUAAGAGAAUACUUUGAAUAAAAAUAACUUUUUUUGGUAAUGUGAAUAAAACCUUGUUUUCAAUCUUUGCACACAUAGCACAGCUCGCUCUGCUGUUAUAAAAGAGCAUGUGAGGAAAUUUUUGAUGUGUGAAGCAACUGUUUAUGGUGACACUACCUUCACGGAAUUCACAGAUGGAUUUUUGACAGAACAUGUGAAAUCUGUGAGUGUCUGUGACACAGAUUUGGUGUCUAAAGAGAGACAGGUAAACAGAUAAUGCUUAUUACUUCAUAUAAAGUCUUUCAAUCAAUUAAUCUUGUAUUUUAAAGAAGUUUUUAAGUUGCAUGUUGAAACCAAAUUAAUCACAACUGAACAUUACCGAUCAAAACAAAGGUAAAUAUUAUCGUCACCUGCAAACAAGUUAAGAUAAUACCUUUAAGACAAUAAUAGUCUUGUAUUUUAGAGAAGUUUUCAAUGAGUGUCAAAACCAAAACAAAAUUAAUCACAACUGAACAUUACCAAUUAGAAUGAAGUUCACAUUAUCAUUCAAUGUUUUUUCAGGGAUUAUUUUAAACAGAGUUGAAUCUAGCUUAAUUUGAAUUGCAAACUUGCAAUCCAUGAUUACUUUUUAGUCAAAUUGCUCUUCUGGAAUGAUGAUGGGCCUAAGUGAAGCAACAGAAGAGUUCUGUGUUGGAAGAAGACAUAAAGACAGACCAAAGCGAAUCAUUGUCACCAUUCUUUUUUUUCUGCCCUGCAAACCGGUAUGAGCCUCAGUCAGUCCAUUUCCAGUUGAUAAAAUAUAAAUAUCAUCUAAGAUAAUUUUUAUGAUUAUCAUAAUCUCUAUUCAAUCUUAGCAAUGUCAGAUGUAGUCCAAAGGCUGUAGGGUUAAAAUGCCAACUCAUAGGAAGCCAACCAGUUGGCUAUUUGCAAACUUUGAAACUACUAGCCUCUGGACCCCUGAAUGUGAGUUUAGCCGUGUAAGCAGACCAGAAGAAAGAUCUUUGCUGAAAUGGUAGUAACUGAUUUAUUUGAUAAAGGACUUGAAGUUACCUCAAUAUAUGACCAAAAAAAACAUUCUUUUUUCAGAGGAUUUUCAUGGAGUUUGGGAAAGUCUGAUCUUUGAUUCAGAUGUCAAAGCCCAGGUGAAAAAACACUUUAAUUUUCUUAACUUGUGUUGUUUUUGAUAUUGAGAUCAUGAUUGUGAUAUUUUCUUCUCUUUCUUUUCUUUUACAGCUGAUAAACUAUGCAAUGACAACAUUGCUCUUCUCAGACAGGCAUGGAAUAACCCUUAUUUCUAUGUUUUUUAUACCUUAGAUAGGGCAAAAAUUGUUAUUUAACUCAGAAAUUAUUGUUACUUGAUAUGCACCAUUGAAUAACUUCAAGAUGAAGGAUUAGAAGAGAUAUUGUUGAUGAAUAUCAAAUUAAAGAAGAAUCCAUAGAAGAAAGCAUUGUGAAUGUAUAUAAAGAUCUAGACUCAGUGUGAGACAUGGAAAGAAAUUACCUCUCUACGACCCUAUCAAUUUUUGACCAAGAGAAAAGAAAAGAUUGUGCAUGAGAUUUCACUUGAAAUAAAUUGAACAGAUAAAAACUCAUGGGACAAGAGAAUUCCCCAUUUCUCUGUUAAUUUUCUGUUUCUUGUAGAAUCUGCACUACUGACACAAUGCAAUGAUCUUUGUUUUGUGUAGGGGUGUGAACAGUAACAUAAUAUCAUGGAAUAGAGUGAUUCUCCUUCAUGGUAAGGAUAGAGAGAGAUUGCAGUGUUCUCUCAGUUUAGGGAUAAAAAUUUUUCCUUUUAACAGGUUGAGGGUAAGCAAGAACAAGAUUAUUUGGUGAUAGCAAUAGAGUGAACUUAAUAAUUUAAAUUGGCCACCCUUAAGAGUUUCUAAAGCUUAUGUUCCAAGAAGUAUCCCUUUGUGAGAGCAAAUAUUGCAGGGCUAAUGUUCUGAUGAAGGGCUACAAAUUUACCAUCUACCUCAAAGAAAUUUGUUGGUAAGAAUUUGGAUAAUUUUGCUCCAAAUGGCAGGGUUUGGCUGGGUUAGUGGCUGUCAUGGAAUUUAGGAUUUUUCCAGGCCUGGAAAGUCUUGGACUACAAUGUGGGUUAUGACGAGUCUGAUGAAAAAUUUUGGGAAUUGUUUUAGGGUGGAGCCAAAAGCAAGAAAGUUCAUGAAUGACUGUGUAGAGUAAAUUUUUUUUUUUCGCACAAGGUCCACCAGGAACCGGGAAGACAUCCCUUUGCAAGGCUCUGGCUCAAAAACUGAGCAUUAGAUUGUCAGAUCGGUGAGGCAGUAUGAUAGUAUGGUUAAAAUCACAAUGAAAAUUGUUAAGAAACAUGCAUCAAUGAUCACUACUCCUGGACUAAUUAAAACAAAAAUUGGAAAAAAUAUUCCAAAACAAUAGAUUGAAGUAAAUUAUCCAAAACCCUUAAUGACUGGGGGCAGAGAAGCUGGCUGAUUCUGGAAAAAGUGCAGCCAGAGAGUUAAACUGGUAACAACUAAGUUUAAGUGUGCUGAGUACAGCAAGUUGGAAAGUCAGGGGUUUCAUUUCAGGCCGGAUGUGAGACGCAACAUUAGUUUGCACGAAAUAAUAAUUUUUUUAAGUAUGGAAAUCGUUUUUUCCAUUUAUUAACCAAAGAAAGACUUGACUCUUAUUUUACUCACUUAGUUAUGUAAUGCAAACAUUUGAGAAAAAGAGAUAAUUCCAGUCAUACACAUGUAUAAUAAAAUUAUUAUUCAUCAUUCCUCAUCCCUUCCCCCCUCCCUGCCAGCUAUAACUGACCAGACAAGUUUGCUGACAACUAACCCUGACCUUUGAUCAGAGAGCAUCUGCCCAAAUCAGUCUUUCUCACAUUUCAUUUGUACAUCAUCUCAGGGAGUGCAGGAAAUUGCAUUUUAGAGAGUCCAACUUUACAAAUUUCCCAAGGGGGCAUGCCCCCAGACCCCCCAGGGGUUUGUGCCCCCAGCACUCAACAUUCACGCCAGCAGCACAAAUGGUGUACAUCCACCAGCUAAACCACUGCAUCCAGCACUUUCAAACGCUACUGAAAACCCUGAAAAAAAAUGGAACCUGCAACAACAAGUUCAUCACCCUAACAACUCUGCCAUGAUGCUACCUGUUUCGUUAAAUAUUAUUAGUCUUUAAAGAAAAAAUAAAUAUCAUUUUUAGAAAUAUUAAUUACUGUGUUCCAUUUGAUUCUUUGAAUGUUCUUUUACCAUAGUAUUAUUUUUUUGUUUGUUUCCCUAGGUAUUCAUAUGGGCAGCUGAUAGAGAUCAACAGCCAUAGCUUAUUUUCAAAGUGGUUUUCAGAGGAAAGUUGUAGUGUCAUACUUAAAAAUUUAUUUUUGUCUUUUUCAAGUGUUUAAGCAUUGUACAAUUUUCUAUGUUGUUUGCUUUUGUUUAAUUAUAUUGUACCCUUGAUCAAAACAGAGUGGCAAGCUUGUGAUGAAGAUGUUCCAGAAAAUCCAAGAACUAAUUGAUGACAAAGAUGCACUGGUUUGUGUCUUGAUCGAUGAGGUGCAUAUCGUCUGAAGUUCACUUUAAAACCCUUUUUCUUUUCUUUGAAUUGUCGUUCUUGUUAAUGCAACUAAGGAUAAUACCAUGGAUGAGGGGGGGAGGGGGAAACUUCCUAGUAAUUGGUUAAUGGGGAUGUACCACUGGGUGAGUUGCAUUUUCUCAAGUAGAUUGACUGUAAUGGGGUUGUAUUUUCUAAACUAUUACCUAAAGUGGUUGCACAUUUUCGGGAUUUUAGAGGUAGGAAAAUCCUGGUAAGAAAGGAUUUGAAAGUAAGGAAGAAUACAAAUACAGGAAGUGACGAAGGCGAGGUCUUUAAUUGGCCACAGAAUAGACUAUAACGGGAAAGAGGUUCUGAGAGGCUAGCAGCACAUACCCAACAAUGUUUAAUUUAAUGUACCUCCCCUCGGGGGUUACACACCCGUUUUAAGACAUUCAGUUAUGCUACAUUAUGUGAACUGGCAGGUUGAGAGUUUGACUGCAGCUCGGAAGUCUGCGAUGCAGGGCCAGGAGCCCUCAGAUGCAAUAAGAGUGGUGAACGCUCUGCUUACACAAAUUGAUCACAUUAAAAGGUAAUCACUCUACAAUCCACCAAGGUCUUUAUUGGCAAUUUUCUCAAUGGACUUCAACCAGUCGGUCAAUCGAGGCUAGUGAGACGGGCUACACUAUAAGCUUAUACAGGUGACCGAGUUACUCGAGUAAAAUUGAAGAUUCUCUUAAAAAUAUUUGAUUCUAAUGUGCCUGAAAGGAAUCGAGACAAAGGAACUGUAGACACACAGUUCCUCUUUGUCCACACGAAGGAAAAUGUCCUUUUAAAAUAUUAUUAGAGACACUUCUCCACAAAAGCUGGAGACUUGUGAGUCCUUGAUUCAUUCGUCUACAUACACAACAUCUGCACGGCAACAACAGCGAGAAACAUCAGGAAUUUCUCAUGCUCCCUAUCCUCGCCACGGGCACAUGUAUGCGACUGUUUCUCUCAAUGCAUCAAAGGUGUGACUACGAUUCGGGUUUCUAUCCUGAUUGAAAAGCUCUGUGGAUGGCAAGACUCAGCCUUUGUCUUGCUAUUAAUGUACUCGUCAAUUAGUCUCUAAUUUGAUUGAUGAAACAACCUCCGCAAUAGACACGAGAAGUUGCUCGGAAUUCUAAGUGUUGUCAUAUUUUUUUUUUCUUGUUCCGAUCUUCUUGCCCUAUCAUCAUCCACUUCCUUUUAUGCUUUUCACUCGACUUUCCCUCACUUUUUCCCUCUGUUAUAUGUACUCAUUCUUUUUAAUCUCGAUUCUUUUGUUCCAUCGCUUCUUAUACUCUCGCCCUUUCUCCUUGUAAGAUUCCUCUCACUCUGUCCGUUCUCGUUUCUUAUCCUACCUAUUUUUUCAGCUGUCCUUCUACUUUCCUUACAACGUUUUCAAUGCUCUUACUCUUUCCCUCAAUUUCUUGUCCACGAUGAUGAUACGAACGACAGUCUAAUAGAACAGUUAUUAUUAACAUAUUAUGUCUUCGAAAAUGAUGGCACCACCUGCCUAAUAAAAGACACACUAUUGCCUUUUCAGGUUUCCCAAUGUAAUUAUCCUUACCACCUCUAAUGUAACUGGAGCCAUAGACUUGGCAUUUGUUGACAGGUAUGUUUAGUGGAGAUUUAAUGCGAUUUUUUUCGAAUGUGCGUCUCAAUAAAACAGACCGCUUACACUGCAGUUUAAUGAAUAACCUUCACAAGGUCUUUUACCUUGGAAACGCGAGUUUGCGAUUUAUUCAAUAAGGUUUCAUGAUUUAGCUUUCUUUUAUCAACGUAAAUGAAGAUGGUUUCGGAGGUCCAGUGGUAAAACGGAUGGAACCCUUCAUUUUUAGUCAUCUACAAUGCGAUAUGAUGAAUUUGUUUGUUAUUUUUGUGUUGUUGUUGUUGUUAUUGUUAUUGUUGAUUUUAUUCUGGUGUCAUUUCUUUCUCUCAAUCAACAGGGCAGAUAUCAAACAGUACAUCGGACCUCCGUCUGUAAAUGCAAUAUUUUCCAUAUAUCAUUCCUGCAUCGCUGAGCUAAUGAGGGUAAGAGUAUAACGGAUUUGUCAUCGAGAAGGUGUCAUUCAUUUAUUGUUGAUGUUAUACGUUUGUUGUUCUUUUUCCAGGCAGGGAUAAUUUCUCCUGUGCAACAGAUACUUGGCAUAAGGUUUGCUCUAUCAUUUUUGUGCUUUUCCAGUGAAUUGUUACCCUCUUGUUGUUUUACUCAAGGGAAGAUUAACCAGAGACUGACCCCCCCCCUCCCCCCCAUAGAGGGCUCGCUCCAAGGGGAAUCUCUUUAGAAAAUUAGAGAAUUUUCUUUAGAAUCAAGGUAACCGGUAUCCCUAGUAUAAGGUAAUUUCCAAUUGUGUUUUGGAAGUAAUCCGGGAUUGCAUUGGGUUGCCUUACUACGAUCUGUGAUUGGUCUAGAAAACUGGCCCCCGUUACUUCAACCAAUCAGAUGCAAAAGUGCUUGGCUUCGGGUAGUUUGCUUGUUUUCGCUUUGAGUUCUCACUUGCUCCUGAGGAUAUUUUCGUUUGUGUUGAUGGAUAGUUGUGGUAACUUUGUUUGUUGGUUUUACGAAACCUAAUGUAACAUCUAUCGCCCGGGCAUCCUGAAUGUUUCGGUGAAGAACGCGUUGCAUGGGAUGGCCUCGUAAGCAAAAUUCACGACACAGGAUUGGUUGUCUGCUGGGAUCUCCGAUUAUGGGAGUGAUUUAAAAAUGACAUAUCAUCGUGGGAGUAAGGGUCACGUGAAGAUUCAGUCUCUUAGCCUGAUAAUCUCUUUAUUUACCCUGUUACUGGUGGGUAAUCUUUAAACGUAAUAACAAUAUGCUAACAGAAUAUAUUCUUUCUUCUUUCCAACGGAAUUUCCGAACAGGGACUUGGAAGUGUUACGGUGAGUUGUUGUUUUAACGAACGUCUUCCGCUAUCACAGAAUAUGCAUUUAGAAAUUGGGUGUCUUCUUAUAAAUCGUAAAAAAUUAGAAAGCUCAAUGGACGCAUUGUAGAACCCCGCCAAUUCGGACUACCAAUGACAACGGAAACAAUCCGAGGUAUUAUUGGAGAAGUCCGUUUUUGCUGUUAAAAGCUAUUCCAUUCCUUUAUGAUGACCCUCAGCGAGGAUCUUCUGUGUUCGGAUGGACUGUUAGAACGCAAAGACGGUAAUAUAACUCCUGACUGUACUGUAAUGAGUUCUAAUGGCUCGUAGCUAAUUCCCUUUCGGUGAAAUGAUUUUAAAUUCUAAUUUUGUUCUUUCUUUCUCAGUUUUGUCCAUAAUGAUGCUACAAACUUAAGCCUGGAGCUUUUAGAAAUAGCGAGGUUGGUCUCAUAGAGUUUGUCCACUAUCUAUAUUGUUAACGUUUAAAGUUGACAAAGUGUCGUUCCCUAUUUCUACACAGGACACCUUUGAUACUGCUGAUCGUAGCAGCAUGUACUGCGCUGGUCAGCUCUGUACCUAGUGUAUGGCCUUAAAAGCAGUCUUUAAGCUUCUGGCGUAACUUGCUUUAAGGUUUUGUGGCAGUUUUUCGCAAAGUAUAUCCGAAAUCAGAAAUUGGUUAAGAAUCCUCAUGAGAACUUUGUUUACAAGUAAAGUCGUUGAAAGAUGAACAUCUUUCUGUUCACAUUUACCUGUAGCUUGUUGAAGAACAAUAAAUUGUGUUGGCCUGUAUUUGAUAUUCUACAUUAAUUUGCUACAGGAAGAGUCAUGGACUGAGUGGCAGGACCCUCAGAAAGAUUCCAUUUUUGGCACAUGCUAGACACGUUCAGGUCUGUUCAAGCUGUAAAUUAGGGGGAUUUUGUGCUGUUCAAGUUGUUUGUUUGUGUUCUCCCGAGUCAAAUACGUGUUGCUAGAGUUUCCAUCUUUGAUACAAGGAUGAGUUCAUUACCUCUCACUAGAGUUGAAAAUGUAUUCCUAAAUUUUGCUGGUAUGUCGUUUACAAUGUGCGUCAAGCUCUCCAUUCUUAACUAUGCUUUUACCGUCUUGUUUUACCUUCGGUUUUGUUCUUGUUUUCUGACACGUUUUCAGGUGCGACCCGAGGUGUAACGCAUCUCAGCGUAGUCAGUUUUCUUCGAAGCUGAACUCAGGAAGAUCCUAAGAAUCAUUACGUAUUAGAGUAGGGCUGGAGAAGAAACGGUUUCAAAGGAAAAAAAGAAACUGAAUUUGUUUUCCAAGCUAGAUUUCAUUCAUGAACGUCGCGGGCCCUUGAGGCGAGGUAUCAUCAUUCUGUACAAACUUCGUAUUUUUUAUCUUCUACCCAGACUCCUGCUGUCGCGUUGGCAGCCUUUCUGAGUGCGCUUUCAUGGACGGUGGAUAAACAGUUUGAAGACCGAGAGAAUCUGAAGAAUGACGACUGAUAGCCACACUUCUGUUCAAAAAUGAUCAAGAAUAGCCUUAUAAACUAGUAUCAGAGACAGGAAUGGAUUGCACGACUGUUGCACCUCUGAUGAAUUUUUCUUUAUGCUAUUCCGCCUUUAAAUGCAAAUUAUUGCAGUUGCACUAUGCUUAAAUUAAAAGAUAUUUAAUGCGCAAAUGAUAUUACUCACGAUUGGUGACAGUGUUAAAUUCUCUCAUCAUCUUAAGAUUCGUGUUUUGAUGCAAGAUUCUGAAUUCCACGGCAUAUUGCUGCGUCGUUGGACGCUUUUUCAUGCGCUAUCUCAAUGUUAGGAUCAAGCGCGAGCAUGAACUCGUCACCAGUGUCGCGCUAGUGUGGGAAACGGUAGAACAAGAGCUGAAAAAGUCUGCACUAAACCUUCGCCAACAUGUUAUUUUUAGGGUCUGUUAGGGAGAGAGAAUAUGCAGAUUAUAGACCUUUCUGAACCAAACAUGUAGUUUCUAAUGGCUUUUGCGCUAUUUGUAGUGAGCGCGGGAAACUGUCACGCAUUUAUUGGUUGGAUUUCGCUCUCGAUUGGUUAAAAGCCAGUAUCCGUGUUCUGAUCGGCUACACUCUAAGAAAGUGUUAAGAUUUGUAUAAAUACGCAAACUUUCUUCGUUGACGAAGUUGCUUGCCGUAUUGGCGAAUACUAGAAACACAAGUUUUCCGCUCAGAAGGCGUUCUAAAGCAUAUCGUUCUUGUCUCUUUGAAGCGUUUGGAAAUUUUUUUCCCAAGAAACUAUAAUUGCGGCAGGAAUGAAUAACUAUUCCUGUUCUGUCGUGGGACGGAAGAGGAUCUAAACAUGUUCAACUCCGCCAACAAAGUGUUCGAACUCGAGAGCAAAUCAAGCAAAGAUUAAAUUUUUAGAGCAGGUGAAAUUUUCAGAUCAUAUAAUAAUUUUAUAUAGUCCAGCAACACACUAAAAGUGGGUUGAGUUAUUUCUUGCUCUAGGCCUGGAAAUCUUACUUUAGUCUCAUUCUACUUCUACUAGGGCUCGAGUUUAGCAGCUCUACGUAAAUGCAAUAUCAGCAC